AUGCGACUCGCGAAUAACCCAGAAGUUAAAUUUGAAGAACUUGUCGGUGAGGUCGAGCCAGCGAACUUCGGGAUACUACAGCGCCUGAACGUCAUGCUAGACGGCGGCGGAGGGGCUGACCUCGCUGUCGAGGGCCGCUCAAGAGCGGUUGCACCGGAAGGAGACUCCUUGUCAUCUAUUUCUGAAUUGUUGGGGUUGAACCUGCCACGAAGUACAUUAUUAGGAACUCCUAGUCACAGUCCUGCUGCAAUUCAAGCUGCUGCAAGGCAUUAUCAGUGUGAAGAUUAUAAGAUAAGUGAAAUGCCAAUUUCUCUGAAAGUUCUCCAGAGAAACUUGGAUACAAUUCACUCAGCACAAACACCAUAUUAUCCACGGCCAUUUCGUGACUCACCGCCAUACAGUGACUGUGGUAGCCCUACUCUUGAACAAGCAAUUAUGAUGACUUGUGGCAGUGGCAGUGGAGGUUCCCGUUCUAAUUCACCAGCUGAUUCUGAUACCAGUACAGGGGGACUUAGUAUGAACAGCAUCGAAGGAAAUAUAAAUGACCUAAUGGUAGAAAAGCUAUGGCCUACAGCACCUGCAUCACUACCAAUAGCAUCUGCUGCUGAUGCAAGUGUCCUUGAGUUAGCUGCAAGAUUUCAUCGUAAUGCUGCAUGUAUGUGA